AUGAUCAAGGUGAAGCUACAAAUGUGCUGUGUUGCUUCAUUUACUAACAUCCUCAAUUCUCUUAUUUACAUAGUUGUUAAAAUAAUUAAUUUGAUAAUUCUAGUCGAACUCUAUUAUGGAUUUAUGACCACAUUUUCCAUAGGGCCCUCUUAUCUUUUCCUUCUUCGAGUUAAACUUGUGGAAGAAGGAAUCGAGAAGAAAAUAGCAGCAACAACUGGAUUUAUUACAGGACAGUUCAUAAUGUUCAUGUGUAUCUAUCAUGCGCCUUUGCAUUUAACAUUGGAUAGAUCCCAUAUAAUAAUUGUCAUAGUUAUACCUUAUCUUUUAUUUCAGUUCUUCUUCGACAAUAGUCAAAAAAAAAUUUUGAAUUAUGGAUACAAGAAUCCAAAUUCAAUACGUAAUUUUAGUAUUCAAAGAAGAUUUUUUCAUAAUCUUUUUUCAAUUUUUAAAUCCCUUUUCUUACCAAGUUCAAUAUUAUAUACGAGAUUCAUUAAUAUUUAUUUGUUUCGAUGUAACAAUAAAAUUACUAGAAAGAUUAACAUAUCUAGAAUAAAAAAUAAUAUAUACGAGUAUGCCAAGAAAAUAUUCUCUUUCCUUAUUUUUCCAAAGGAAGUUGACGUCAACAUUUAA